CGGACCCAGCAGUCCACCACGACACGCAGACCAGUUCGCUUCUCUCCCAUUCUCGCGCCUUUAAAAGUGCAGUGCCCCAUCGACCCAUCAUAACGGAUUAACCCACCAUCCGCAACGAUGGCCUGCAACUGCCCGGUGACCCAACCGGGCCCCACCCUCGCCUCCACCUGCGGCGGCGCCCAAUACAUGCUCUUCAUGGGCCUCCUCGAAGUCUUCCUGCGCUCCCAGUGCGACCUUGAAGACCCCUGCGGCCGCCCCCACAACACCCCCGUCCUCCCCGAAUACGACUUCAUCAUAGUCGGCGCCGGCAGCUCAGGCUCCGUCGUCGCUAGCCGCCUGUCCGAAAUCCCCGAAUGGAACGUCCUCCUCAUCGAAGCAGGCCUGGACGAACCCACAGGAACCCAAGUCCCGUCCAUGUUUCUCAACUUCAUCGGCUCCGACAUCGAUUGGGCCUACCAAACCGAGCCCGAGAAGCAAGCCUGUCUGGGGGAGACCGAACAACGCUGCUAUUGGCCGAGGGGGAAGGUCCUGGGCGGGACUUCAGUCAUGAACGGGAUGAUGUACAUCCGCGGUUCGAGGAAGGACUACGACGACUGGGCGGCGGCUGGGAAUGAAGGGUGGAGCUACAAUGAAGUGCUGCCUUAUUUCUUGAAAAGUGAGGACAACAAGCAGAUCGAGGAGAUGGAUAGGGGGUAUCAUGCGUCGGGGGGGUUGUUGACGGUGUCGCACUUUCCGUAUCAUCCCCCGUUGUCACAGGCGUUGCUGAAAGGGGCGCAGGAGCUGGGGUAUCCCGUGAGGGAUUUGAAUGGGGCGUAUCAUACAGGGUUCAACAUAGCGCAAACGACCAAUCGCAAUGGGUCGAGGUUGAGUACAGCGAAGGCGUUUCUGAGACCGUUCAAGAAUAGGAGGAACUUGCAUAUUUUGAUGAACUCGACGGUGACGAGGGUGUUAAUCAAUACGACGACGAAGCAGGCGUAUGGGGUGGAAGUUAUCAACAAUGGGGUGAAGCAGGUGAUUUAUGCGAGCAAGGAAGUGGUGGUUUCAGGGGGAGCGGUGAAUUCCCCCCAGAUACUUCUUCUGAGUGGGGUGGGGCCGAAAAAAGAUCUACAACAGGUGAAUGUCCCAGUUGUGCAUCCGUUAGAAGGGGUUGGAAAAAAUUUGCACAACCACGUCGCAUUCUUUGUCAAUUUUAAUAUCAAUGAUACUAAUAGUUCUCCGUUGAAUUGGGCCACAGCUAUGGAGUACUUGCUUUUUAGAGAUGGCUUAAUGAGUGGUACUGGAAUCUCCGAAGUCACUGGCUUCAUCAACACCAAAUACAACGACCCCCGCCUCGAGCACCCCGACAUCCAGUUCUUCUUCGGCGGCUUCUUGGCCAACUGCGCCCGCACUGGUCAAGUAGGCGAGCGAGUCGACAACAGCACCCGCUCCAUCCAAAUAAUCCCCACAGUCCUCCACCCCAAGAGCCGCGGCUUCCUCAAGCUCCGCGACAAGAACCCCCUCAGCGCCCCCCUCAUCUACGCCAACUACUACACCCACCCCGACGACCUCAAAGUCGUCAUCGAGGGAAUCAAGUUCGCCAUCAAGCUAUCAGAGACCAAAGCUCUGAAACGCUACGGCUUCCAACUGGACCGAACGCCCGUCCAAGGGUGCGAAAGUUUGACGUUUGGUACCGACCCCUACUGGGAGUGCGCGGCCAAGCAGCAAACCGGGCCCGAGAACCACCAAGCGGGUAGUUGCAAGAUGGGGCCGGCGAGCGAUCGUCUGGCUGUGGUCAACGCGUUGCUGCAAGUGCAUGGGGUUGACAGGCUGAGGGUGAUCGAUGCUAGUGUCAUGCCGGCGGUCACCACGGGGAACACGAACGCUCCAGCUAUCAUGAUUGCGGAGAAGGGGAGCGAUUUGAUCAAGGCGAGGUGGCUGACGCCGCAAGCGGGGUUCUUCUACACGAAUAUGCCCAGUCAGAGGAUAGAUAGGCAGUGGGGGUCGUGGUGAGGGGUAGUGCAAUUGUAAAGAAAUCAGUAUUUAUUUCGUUAGGUGAUAGUUAGUUUGUAAGUGCGAUUUUACAAUAAAUUUUUAAAGUAGAUAA